AUGGAGAUGGCGGCGGCGCCGUGCCCGGGGGAGCCGGAGCGGCUGGACUUCCUGCGGGAGCGGCACGUGCGCUUCUUCCAGCGGUGCCUCCAGAUCCUGCCCGAGCGCUACUCGUCCCUGGAGACCAGCAGGUUGACAAUUGCAUUUUUCGCACUCUCUGGUCUGGAUAUGUUGGAUUCCUUAGAUGUGGUGAACAAAGAUGAUAUAAUAGAAUGGAUUUAUUCCCUGCAGGUCCUUCCCACAGAAGACAGAUCAAAUAUGAAUCGCUGUGGAUUCAGAGGUUCUUCAUAUUUAGGGAUGCCAUUCAAUCCCUCCAAGGGUCCAGGUAUAUCUCAUCCAUAUGAUAGUGGGCACAUAGCAAUGACUUACACAGGACUAUCAUGUCUAGUUAUUCUUGGAGAUGAUUUAAGUCGAGUAAAUAAAGAUGCCAUACUGGCAGGACUGAGAGCUCUCCAGCUGGAGGAUGGAAGUUUCUGUGCAGUGCUGGAAGGAAGUGAGAAUGAUAUGAGGUUUGUGUACUGUGCUUCCUGUAUCUGCUACAUGCUCGAUAACUGGUCAGGCAUGGAUAUGAAGAAAGCAAUAGACUACAUUAGAAGAAGUAUGUCUUAUGAUAAUGGCCUGGCACAGGGAGCUGGACUGGAAUCUCAUGGGGGCUCUACAUUUUGUGGUAUUGCAUCACUGUGUUUGAUGGGCAAACUGGAGGAAGUUUUUUCAGAAAAAGAGCUGAACAGAAUAAGAAGAUGGUGUAUAAUGAGGCAACAGAAUGGAUACCAUGGACGACCCAACAAACCUGUAGACACUUGCUAUUCCUUUUGGGUGGGAGCAACACUGAAGCUCUUGAACAUAUUCCAAUAUACAAAUUUUGAGAAAAACCGAAAUUACAUCCUGUCAACUCAAGAUCGCCUUGUUGGUGGAUUCGCCAAGUGGCCAGACAGCCAUCCAGAUGCUUUACAUGCCUACUUUGGGAUCUGUGGUUUGUCAUUAAUUGGAGAAUCUGGUAUUUGCAAAGUUCAUCCCGCCCUAAAUGUAAGCACAAGAGCAUCAGAGCGUCUUCACCACCUUCAUCAGAUCUGGAAAACGGACUUUAAACAGCGCUCAGACAACACACACCUCUCUACAUGACUGAUUUAGACUUGAAUUUAGUUCUGGUAGCAUAACUGUAGCCCAGGGUUAAAAGCCAUGUAUAACCAAUGUGCUCUUUUAAGUGCUGGAGUCAUACAAUCAGAUCUGUGUUGCUGGCAUCACUUUGAUAGGGAGUUGCCUUCAGCAGGUUAUUCUGCAUUGUGAAAUGGGGAAUAUUUUGAUUAUAUAGAAAUUUGUCACCGCAGACUGUAAAUGGCUUUUCAGAUGGCUUUACUUCUAAGAAAUCCCUUGAGGCAUUUAAACUUCAUUUUAAUUUUAUUUUUUUAAAUUUGUGCAUACUGUGUCAAAAUAUAUAAUGGGGAAGUAUUUUCAAAAUUGUUUACAUAUCAUACAGUAUAGCACAGAACGUUGAAGUUCUUUAUAAUCUUACUGUUUGACAUAUUUUUGGGUAGAGAAUCUCUCACAUUAAGUCUCAGUUAAAAAUUACCUAUUAUCAUCAACUUUCAGAUUCCAUAAACUUUGUUUUUCAUAAACAAAUUAAUUAAAUACAAAUAAAAUUAUUUUAUUCAAUAUACUGGACUUUUAAGGUUGUGUGGCCUUACUAAAUGGAUCUCAUAAUUCUUCUGAAUAGGUUUUACACAGAUGCAGUGGAUUGUUAGCCAGACAAAGAGUUUUCAUCUGAAGUAGUUUCUUCAUGUGAAGUUCACUAAGAGUGUGGCAUAUUGAUGUGCAUCAGUAAGAGAUUUUCAGCCCAGUCUUUUGGAAGCAUACCUGUAUGCAAGAGUAGCAUUAGAACCUGCUUCCAAAGACAAACCUUUGCAAUACAUUGAAGUUGUUCAAAUUAGAGUAAUGAUGAACAUUCUCAGCUUCUUUAGUGCUUUACUAGUGCCUUACUUUGUAUGCUUGAAGUGCUGUUCACAGUUGAAGCAAGUAAUUUUGCAGCUGGUGUGUUUGUGGCAGGUCAGUUUGUGCAUUCAGUAGACACCACAAUGUCUUUCUACUUGCCAGUCAUUAACAGCACUUUUUUUUUCUAAAGGUUCCAAAGACAACUGAAGACUUCCUAAAACAGGUUAGGUGCACCAUUUGCCACUGCUGAGCCCAAAGAAACAGGAUGUAGAUCUUUUUGGUCAGCAAAAAGAGCUUUGGGGAUAAACAUGAUUCCUGUUUUGCAAUGCAGGGCAAGUGAGAAGGGUCGUGUAGCUUGUACCCCUAGCACACAUGUCAGAGAGGUCCAAUAGGUAUCUUUAGGCUACGAGAACAAUCCCAUUGCCCAAACCUGUAGCAGCCUUCCUACCUAUAUAGAUAGGUUUUAUUUCUAUAGCAGAUUAAUUUUCAUGGCAGCUUUGGGAGCAUGACUAGUGAUGGUAAUCUCCUUGGAAAAGCAGAGGAGGAACAGGGUGGGGUGUGUGUGAUCUAGACACGUCCCAGUAGACACUUUACUUGGAGGAGGAGAGACUCAGUAGUUGUAAAAACUGGAAAGUCCAGAGGGGUGGAACCAAGAGAACUGUGAGGUUAGUACUGGAGAGGGGGAAUAAGGUGCUUGAGUGGGACUGUUGCAGAGUAAGAGAAAUGAAAACUGAGAGAUACUGAGGCUGGAGGCAAGAGAGAAGAAUGUGGAGCAGUAAUGGAACCAAACUGGUGGAAAUUAUUUGAGUUGCUUAGGGUAAGAUUAGGGAGCGAAAGAAAGGUACUGACUCGAGGAACAUGAAGGAGUUAAGGGGAACAGAUAGAGUUUGGGAAUUGGUUUUAUUGCCCACAAGCCAAGAUGACCAGAAGUCCAGCCACAAGUAAAAAGAAUUGCAAGAUACCUAAAAGAGAAGAUCUCCCAGACAGGGGGCUCACUACAGCAGUUUCUGUGGGAAUCACAUUUUCCUGGAUAGGUUUAAUGGGAUAUUGGACAGCAAAGGCUAAAGUAGUUUCCCUGAGCAGAAGUCUCUAAGGUCAUGGGGGUCUACCUAGAUGAAAACCCAUUUAAAACCAAACAACAAAAA